GUGUUUUAAGGCACCAUCGCCACGGCCACCCCGCGUUCCUCCCGGCUCCGUCUGUACACGGCGGCACCUCCGGCCCCUCCUCACCUUGCUCCGGGCACUGGGGAAGCGGCUGCAGCACCAUGGGAUGCUCCAGCAGCGCCCGCAGCCGCCCGCAGGAGCCGCCGCCCGCAGCGGGACCAGCACCGCGCGCAUCAUCAGAUGAAAACACCCCAACUGCAGAUGAUCAUGAAACUAUAGCUGACCAAACACAGCUGGACCCAGUGGAGGAUGAGAGUCUUGCUUCUGAGGAGACAAACCCAGGCAAGCAUCUGCCAGGAGACGUGGCUGCAGCUGUGAUGAUGGCCAUAGAUGGAAAGAUCGAUUCGGUCAUUAAAAGGGAGGAGCCAGAGGGCACCGAGCCCCUACCUGCAGAAGUGGAGGAGAGCCCUGAGCUGCCAUCUGUGUGGCAAGAGGAGAGCAAUGGGCCUUCACCAUCAGUGCCAGAAGAUGCUGGGUCACCAUCGCCAGGACCAGCAGAGGACAGUGGGCAGGUAGAGGGCAGUGACAGCUCUGUGGUGGAAGCCAUCGAGAAAGUACAUACUACUGAAGAGGACCACCUCAUUGAGGGUGAGACGGGAGAACAGGUGGAAACUGAGCUGCUCAGUGAGAUAGUAAGUGGAGGGCCUGGAACAAAAGAAGAAGAAACAGGAGAAGCUGUGGAUGGUGCAGAAGUGACAAAGAUAGAGACAGCUAAAAACAAGGAAUAGAAGUUAUGUCUAUGAACAUCUUCUUGGGCCUGCUCUUCUAUCCACAUGAAUAUUUUUUAAUUUUAUUGGGUUGGGAAAAUAGAAAAACUUUUAUGGAUUGAGCCAUGAACAAGAGGCAUCAGAAAAAGUUUUAUAUAAUAUAUAUUUUUUUGAAGUCAAGCUGCCAAGACUUCAAGUAUUUGAAAUACCUGAGCUUACACCUCCCUGCCACAGAAUGCUUUCUGUACACAUCCAGCACAGCGGGAUCAUUUUCCAAUGUCGGUAUAACCAUUCAAUCUUCAAUUAAGACUUUUUUCCAGGUCAGAUAACUAAACUCAAACUUUUGAAAACUUCAACCAACAUUAUAUAGAAUAAAGAAUAUAAGCAUAGCUUUAUUUUCCUUUUUUUUCAUGGCAGUAUGCAGGCAAUUUCUCCAAGUGCCUGGACUACAGUGUGUGGAGCUGUUGAAGUGUAUAGCACAUAGAGGACUGGAAAAGCAAAGUGCUCAUUUACCAGGCUGUAAUGAAAUGCAUAUAUAUGUAUUUUAUGUAUAUAGCUUUUCAGAAAAUGGAAGAUGUACAAGGUACAAUGUCCAGGACCGAAGGGGGUGUCUGCUGCUCCAUCUCCAUUUUUAAACAUAAAUUUAUUGAAAGGCUAGUAGUAUAAUAUACACGAUGACUUCUGCAAAAACAGGGAGACAAGGGCAUCUUUAACUAUAAGUAGGAUGUUUUAGUCUUAUAAAUCCUAGCAUACUUAAAAUAUAAAAAUAACUUCACAGCUGUUAACAUUCAUGGUGAUAAAUAACCUGUCUUUUACUGUGUAGCUCCUCAUAUGCAUUUGUCACUUCUAAAGUAGAUUUCUAACCAGAGACAUAUAUAAGCCUCUUCCUAAAGGAGAGUUCAUCUAUUAUAUUUCCCUGUAGUGCUGUCCUCCAGGAGAAGUGUGCUAUCAGGGACUGUCUGAGUUAUUUCCCAAAAUGCUAAAUAAUCAUUUUGGAGCUGAAGCUGACUGACAAAGCUUUCAAACAAUUUUCCUGUCAAAACGCCCUGAAUAUAAUUAGUAUUAUGGAACAGAUAGCAGAAAUUUGUUCUGAUGGUGAAUGUUGCAAAUGGACUAUAUGUAUUAUUUGGCACUGUGUUUACAGGAUUCUCUGGCAUAAGGAAGCAGAAUAUGUAGAAAAGGUUAGUUAUCUAUAAAAUUUUUACUGUGACCAGCAAGUUAUACAAAUAUCCUGUAAGAGCUGAAUUUUGUGCUGCAUGUGCACAUCUGACUCCAGCUGACUUUGGUUUUUAUUAAAUAAUCUAACUGAUAUCCUUGGCCUGUCAGCCAAGGAUAGGCUUGGGAUCAGCCUAUCAGCCUUUUGUGCAAGCUGAUAUUCCUUGACUAUAUCACUAAAUCUAAGGUUUUCUGCUUAUCAGCACUCUUUACAAACUUGUCAGCUUCAUUUAAUGUCAACUUCCUAUAGGCAACACCAUAAAGUUCUAAAAUCAAAAUGCACUUUUUUAAGAGAUUUUUUGCUAGAUGGAUGUUGCAGAGUUUUAUUUUUUAUUUUUACUAGCCUUCUGUAACAGAAAAGUUUAAAUAUGCAGCUGGUUUGCUAAAAAUCUGUUGACACUGAACUGGGAAUUAAAAAGUCAAACGUUUUGUUCGCAUACCAAAAUCAUUCCAUGACAUACCCUGCACUUUAGGGAGCUGAGGAGACAGGGGACAGGUAUUUCAGGAUAAGCACUCCCCAGGGUGAUACAGGACCGGACCAGGCACGCAGCCAGGGCCCACAAUGCCCCAAGAACUUCCACCUUCAGCUGCAUUUCAUGGCUGGUUUCUUCUUGUGAGCCAGCACAACUCUGCGCCCAAAUACAGGCAAUAAAAAUCGGCAGAGAAGCCACAUUGAUUCCUCACAAGUUACGUGUUAGAUCACAAGUUGCAGUUGACCAGCUAUCUUAAAGAAUUCUAAAGCACAAACCAAGAGUUCUGUGACAGAGAUCAGUAAUAUUAAUAGCAACAAAGGGGGCUGCAUUUGGAAAUAUAAUAUGAAAAUAUAAGGGAGUCAAGAUAAACUGCUCAUCUCAGAGUCACUCUUUCUGCCACUGUUGUUAUCAAGGAAGACAAGUAUCACAGAAUCACAGAUUCACAAGGUUGGAAAGGACCCACUGGAUCAUCGAGUCCAACCAUUCCUAACACUCCCUAAACCAUGUCCCUAAGCACUUCAUCCACCCGUUCCUUAAACACCUCCAGGGAAGGCGACUCGACCACCUCCCUGGGCAGCCUGUUCCAGUACCCAAUGACUCUUACUGUGAAGAAUUUUUUUCUGAUAUCCAACCUGAACCUCCCCUGACGGAGCUUCAGGCCAUUCCCUCUAGUCCUGUCCCCUGUCACUUGGGAGAAGAGGCCAGCUCCCUCCUCUCCACAACCUCCUUUCAGGUAGUUGUAGAGAGCAAUAAGGUCUCCCCUCAGCCUCCUCUUCUCCAGGCUAAACAACCCCAGCUCUCUCAGCCGCUCCUCGUAAGACUUGUUCUCCAGCCCCCUCACCAGCUUUGUUGCUCUUCUCUGGACACGCUCCAGAGCCUCAACAUCCUUCUUGUGGUGAGGGGCCCAGAACUGAACACAGUACUCAAGGUGCGGUCUCACCAGUGCUGAGUACAGAGGGAGAAUAACCUCCCUGGACCUGCUGGUGACCCCAUUUCUGAUACAAGCCAAGAUGCCGUUGGCCUUCUUGGCCACCUGGGCACACUGCUGGCUCAUGUUCAGUCGGCUGUCAACCAGCACCCCCAGGUCCUUCUCUUCCGUAUCAAUUUAUGUCCUUAAGGAAUGUGAACAGAAACAAAAGGAAUAUAAGCCAGUCAAUGACUCAACAGCAUCAGCCCUUCUUACAUGUCUUUAGCCAUUACAUAUUCUAUAAUUACAACAGAUGAAAGCUAUCUUUUCCUUUCUAAAACACGAAUUAUACUUGAUGCUGUGCUAAAUCCCUUAAGUUACCACAAGAUCACAAUGUGGCUGCUAGAUGUAUGGUGAACAUCCCUACCUUCAGAAAUACACCUAGGUCGCGUUGUUCAUAGUCUGUAAGCUACCAAAGCAUGAAGUACGCAUAAAGGGCCAAAAUACAUGCAGUUAUUUGCCUCUGCAAAUCUGAGACAUCACAGAGGUUGCCAAGGGCAGAAACUGGCCUAUGGAUCAAAAUGCUUCAAGUUAAGGGCUGAGAAGAGGACAUGCUCCAACAUCCAUGUUCACAAGAUAUACCUCCAGAGGUAUCGCAACAUACCUAAGCACCUUUUUUUUUUUAAACUAUAAUCAAAACACAAAACAAUAAAAAAUGUUUAUCAAAAGCUAUGCAACCUUAGGUAGAAGUAAUCAUUCUAUGCCACAGGGAAUGCUGGGCAGAACACUUGAAGGAACAAACUUAAGUUCCAAGCUAACAAGAAAGUUAUGGUUAGGAAUUUUGUUUUGAUUACCAAAAAAACACAGCCCUAAAAGAGGUUAAAUUUGCACCCUGCCAGCUCUGUGCAGACACAGACACAUACUGUGAUAGGAUCCCAGGAGACGCUUGGCAACCUGUUCAGCUAGGAUUGGCUCUUUUACUCAAUGAGGAACUGCUUUCAGGUAAAAACUGCAGCAAGAUCAAGGUGCUUGUGGCAGAAGAUUAGAACAGUCCAAGUUUGGCUAUGUGCUUUAACAGAGAACAAAGUUUUAAUAAAGUAGGUACUGGACUGUAUAUUUGCACUGUUUAAUCCACAGAGAACAAUUAUUUGAAGAAGAAAUAAAACUAAAAGAAACUUCUGGUAGAACAUGCAAAUUUAAAUACUGUUUUACUUUCACAGAAAUAGAGAACCUGUUUUCUUGGGUUUGUUUUUUUUUUAAAGUUACACGUGAUUAAAACAAAUUUUUAGCAGUGAAAUUAGAAUGCCAGAAGCUGAAUUACAGCCAUGUUAGUGGCUUGGUCUAGCAAACAAAAAAAAAAGCUACGUUUAACUUACCUCUAGUUAAAACAGGAUUUAUUAACUGUUUGUGUACUUUAGUGAACUAAGACUUAAGAGAUAUCUAUGAUACUUUUCAUAUUGGAAAAUUAUGGGGCUUAGCCUUUUUGUUUUAAAAAACAGAAUUAAAUACGUCUGCUUAAAAAAAUAAAGUUUUAAACUUAUCUAUAGAAGGCUGAUUGUUUAUGUUGAAAACUGCUAUGUUAUAGCUUUAAAUAAAAGUUUCAGUUGCUCUAGAAUUCCUGUACAUGAAGAACACAUAUUGAAAUCUGAGCCAUUCAAGAAACUGUGCAACUGGUCUCCAGCUAAAAGCUAAGGAACUGGAGAGCUAAAAGUGGAUUUCAGUUCCUGACUUUUUGCAGAAUGGCACCUACUUACUGAUACAAACAUUUUUAAUGAAGUAACAUGUUGAGUCUUGUUAGCCACAUCCACCAAGUAUUUUUUUCCAGGUGUUUUACUUACAUGUCAGUCUCAGAUUGUACCUUACUGCAGAAGCAAAAAGGUUUUCAUACUCCUUUGUACCAGUGAAGUUAUCCAAAGGAAUUCCCUAAAGGACUUACGGCAGCAAAUGGACAAGUCAGUACACAACCGCCCCAAUAAAAUAUCAAAACUGCCAUCUAGUGUUUGGUUCAAGGUUGGCAAGAGGCAGCACAGCAUAAAUAAGGCAGUGGAGACUCAUGUGAGAGGUAAGAAAGUAUAACCAUAAGCAAUUAUACAAGGCUGAACUUAGCUCGUGUUCAACACUAUUGAAAUCUGUUCAAGGUGAACUUUAAUUAAAUCUGUACAAAUAAGUGAAAUGUAUUCCAACAAAGUAAUCCCCUGUGAGAAAAGCUGUAACAGAGAACUACCUAGAAAUUAGGAAUCUGUUUAAAAAUUACUUCAUUUAGUUACAUUAUUCUUAACUAUUUUAAACUGACAAAGUAAAGUAACAUUUCCCCUGUGUUUCCUAAAAGUCAUAUUCAUGUUAUCACUAGCUCCUUCCUAACAAGACUGAUGUGUUCUUAGGUGGGAUUGCUUCUUGAAUUGGAGCUGUAAAGCAUGAAAGACAUGCCAAGUAUAGUAUAGCCAAAGAGACAGAACAACAGCAGAAGGCAAAACUAAUAAAGUGUGUAGGAAGUUUAUAUGCAGAAUCUGGUAGUUUUCAAAAGUUGUUGCUUGGACAAUCACUUUUUAAAAUACCAAAAACAUUAUCUCGCUUCUAAUAGAAAUAACUAUCUCCCCUUUUGUCAAGUGAAGACAAGAUAGUGCUGUAAAGAAAAAAAAAAAUCCCUAUAUCUGUACAUACUUGCUGUGACAACCUCAUUGUAAAGAUACAAUUUACAAGUUCAGUAAAAAGCAGGAGAAAUGGCCGCUUUGCAACACAUCCAGAAGGGGUAAAUAGGGUGAUCCAACUACCCCUCUGGUGUAUGCUAAUGUGAUACCAGGAAUACAUAAAAAAUACAAAAUACGGUUACUGCAAUAGGCUAACUGAAGUAAGAGGAGCUGGAAAGUGUAGCUGACAAGCAGGAAGGUAAGAAACCACAAGUAGGGCACUUAAAGAGUUAAUCCAAAAAUGGAAGAUUAUUCACACAAAGUGGUUGUGGUAUCGAAUCCAAGGGUAUUUUCAGACAGGCAAUAUCUGCAUGUGCCAUUCAAAGGCAGACGCCGACACAGUGCUGCCAGACUGACUUUUUCUUGUGUGCUUACCACAUGAAAAUCAUGAACCAAUUACAAGUAUGUGAGAUGAUCACGAGUAGGCAUUAUACACAGAAGACAAAUGAUACACACAGAGGAAAUGAAGAUUGGACUUGAGUUGUUGGGCAGGUGAAUCCACAGUGCUAUGACUGGACCUGUAGCAAACCAGUGUUAUGCCCUCUCCUUGCAUAAUGGCUGCUUUUAUAGCUCACCAAAAUUGAGUGAGUUUGGUCACAUGAGAUGGGAUAAGAAAUAGCUUCUGAAGCACUCGGUCAUGGCAUACAAACAGCAGUUUCUCACCAUACACUUGACAAAACAGAUACAGGUUUCUACCACUGAAACAGUGCAUUCUCCAAGCUGCCGUGUAUUGCUAUUUUCACUUUCAUACAGUCACAGAAUCACUAGGUUGGAAAGGACCCACUGGAUCAUUGAGUCCAACCAUUCCUAACACUACCUAAAACAUGCUCCUCAGCACCUUGUCCACCCAUCCCUUAAAGACCUCCAGGGAAGGUGACUGCACCACCUCCCUGGGCAGCCUCUGCCAGUGCCCAAUUACCCUUUCAGUGAAAUUUUUUUUCCUGAUGUCCAGCCUGAACCUCCCCUGGUGGAGCUUGAGGCCAUUCCCCCAUGUCCUGUCCCCUGUCACUAGAGAGAAAAGGCCAGCUCCCUCCUCUCCACAACCUCCUUUCAGGUAGUUGUAGAGAGUAAUAAGGUCUCCCCUCAGCCUCCUCUUCUCCAGGCUAAACAACUCCAGCUCUCUCAGCCGCUCCUUGUAAAACUUGUACUCCAGCCCCCUCACCAGCUUCGUUGCUCUUCUCUGGACACGCUCCAGAGCCUCAACAUCCUUCGGGUGGUGAGGGGCCCAGAACUGAACACAGUAUUCAAGGUGCGGUCUCACCAGUGCUGAGUACAGAGGGAGAAUAACCUCCCUGGACCUGCUGGUCACUCCGUUUCUGAUACAAGCUAAGAUGCCAUUGGCCUUCUUGGCCACCUGGGCACACUGCUGGCUCACGUUCAGUUGGCUGUCAACCAACACCCCCAGGUCCUUCUCCUCCAGGCAGCUUUCUAGCCAGACUUCUCCUAGUCUGUAGCACUGCAUAGGGUUGUUAUGCCCCAAGUGCAGGACCCGGCAUUUGGCCUUGUUGAACCUCAUGCCACUGGUCUCAGCCCAGCAGUCCAGCCUGUUCAGGUCCCUUUGCAGAGCCUCCCUACCCUCCAGCAGAUCCACGCUUCCACCCAGUUUAGUGUAAUCUGCAAACUUGCUAAGGGUGCACUCAAUGCCUUCAUCCAGGUCAUUGAUAAAGACAUUGAACAGAGCUGGACCCAGUACUGAGCCCUGAGGAACUCCACUUGUAACUGGCCUCCAGCUGAAGUUAACUCCAUUGACCACCACUCUGGGCCCGGCCAUCCAACCAGUUUUCAACCCAGGAGAGUGUGCGCCCAUCCAGGCCCGAGGCUGACAGGUGCUGAAGCAGAAUGCUGUGAGAAACUGUGUCAAAGGCUUUACUGAAGUCCAAGAAGACUGCAUCCACAGCCUUUUCCUCAUCCAGUAGUCAAGUCACUUUGUCAUAGAAGGCAAUCAGGUUAGUUUGGCAAGAUCUGCCUUUCAUGAACCCAUGUUGACUCGGCCUGAUCACCCAGUUCUCUUGCAUGUGCCUCACGAUAGCACUCAAGAUCACCUGUUCCAUGACUUUCCCCGGCACUGAGGUCAGACUGGCAGGCCUGUAGUUCUCUGGAUCCUCCCUGCAACCCUUCUUGUUGAUGGAAACAACAUUAGCCAGCCUCCAGUCCAGUGGAACUUCCCCAGUCAGCCAGGACUGCUGGAAAAUGAUGGAAAGGUUUGGAAAGGACAUCCGCCAGCUCCUUUAAUACUCCUGUGUGGAUCCCAUCCGGCCCUAUAGACUUGUGGGUGUUUAGCUGGGCAAGCAAGUGUCUAACCACCUCCUCUUGGAUCAUGGGAGCCUCAUUCUGCUCCUCAAACUCCUGGGUUUGUACACAGGAGGAACAACUUCUCUUACUAUUAAAGACUGACACAAAAAAGGUAUUAAGUACCUCAGCCUUGUCUUCAUCCCUUGUCAUUGUUGUUCCUUCUGCAUCCAAUAGGGACUGAAUAUUCUCCCUAGUCCUCCUUUUCUUGUUAAUGUAUUUGUAGAAAGAUUUUUUUAUUAUCUUUCACAGACUUAGCCAGUUUGAUUUCUAGUUGGGCCUUAACCCUCCUGAUUUUUUCCCUGAACGAUCUCACUUCGUCCCUGUAGUCUACGCAAAACGCCUGUCCCUUUCUACACAAAGAAAAUGAAGAUACAGCAGCAGUAGCAUCCCAUACCUAAUUGGAUGGCUAUCUUCACAGAAAAGUGCAAAACAGAGACACUGAAGUGGACAAAAAACAGAAAAGAAUUUCUGGUCAUUUCCCCUAAAUAAACCAAUACUGUGCUUAGUCAUGUGGCUGUGAGGAAGACAGGGAAUCAACUCUACCACCAUACAGCUGAUUUUCGAACAAGUUCCUUAAAACACCACAUCCAUUUCUACUUGUUUAGAAGAUAAGUGCAGAGGGAUGAGGACUUAUUAGAAUCGCUAGUCUGAUAUCUCAAUAUUGCUCAAUCACCCCAUUAAGCAGAUGCUUCUGUUCCUAGUGGCAGGGAGAAAAAUGCCAAGAACUGUAAUGCCAUGGUAGUUGAAAGCUUCCUGUCUUGGAUUAUUUUCAUCCUUAGCUAUUAGGAGACAGAUAAUAAAGCUAUUAUUUUGCGGUUAAUUAUCUCUUAUAGAAAACGCAAGAUGGGCUGUUUUGUAAUGGAGUAUCAAAGCAUUACCAGGAUAAGAAGAGUUUGUUCCCAGAAUAGACAAGCACAGGUUUACAGAUGCAAUUACCAUUUAUUCUAUUUAAAUAGAAUUUUUUUCAGGUGGUUUGUUUUGUUUUAAAUCAAAAGAUAGCCAAAGGUAAAUUGCUAAGAAAACGGUUAUGAAAAAGGUUAUAGGCAGAGAUUAAUUUACAGGCAAUUUAUAGUCACCACUUUACUUCAGAAAAGCAUGGUUUUCUUCUUUCUGAAAUUAACAUCAUCUUUCUUAAGCAGUUGUUCACAUAUGAAAAAAACUGUAAGUCCCAACAGUAACCUAUUCAGUAAAGAAAGUUCAAGACAGGUCAGAAAAAUACUCCCAAAACACAAAAGUGAAGACAUAUGCUAAGCAAUUCAAGUGUUCCGUUUUCCCAUUUCUGUCAUUUGC